AUGCUAGGGAUCGAAGGACUCGUCGACGCAUCGUUCGAAGGCGACCGGCGCUGGGCCCGAGCAGCGAACUGGACGGGCUAUGCGCCCUGGCUGGUUCUCAUGAUGGCCAUUCUGAGUAUGAUUGAGAUCGCUUUGGGAGCAGUGUGGAUUUCGUCGAUGACGAGAGAACUCAAUUUUGCUCAAGUCAUCCAGCCUCUGAUCGUACCGGGACUGUGCUUCUUCAACACCAUCCCCUCGCUACACCUCCACGUACUGGCACGCGCCAACCCGCCCCGGCUGGCCCUAUGGUUCUCGGCAACGCUGUCCGUUGUGCUCUUCGCCAGCGCGCUCAUCUUCUUCGGCGCAUGUGUCGACAACAGCGACCCCCGUGGCGGAGGCCCACUCCAACGCAACGAGUGUCCUGCCGGCACGGGUGGGCGGGCUGAUAUCUGGGAUGCCAUGGUGGCGCUGCAGCUGGUUAGUGCGCUCAUGUAUGCGGCCGUGGCUGCGAUGGCGUGGAAAGUCAAUAGGGUUCUUGAGGCUAGAGAUGAGAGAAUCGCUGCUGGCGUCGAGCUUGUUAGCCAGGAGGAGAAGGAGAGGAGGGAGAGCGAGGCGAGGGAACGAUGGAGGUAUCUCUCUGCUGGUUGA